AUGUCUAUCAACGUAGCAUCCAUUAUCGGCGCUGGCCUCUGCGGUCUGGCUUUGGCUCUGUUCCUUAAAAAGCACAACAUCGAUUCGACCAUCUACGAACUCCGAACAUCAGGUCAGAUUUCCGCAGGUGCAAUCAUGCUCUCGCCCAAUGCUCUACGCUCUCUAGAUGCCAUUGGAGUCUACGAUCGUAUCAAGUCCAAAGGCUACCACUUUCGGGACUUGACCUUUCGUAACGACGAGCACAAGGUCUCGGAUGCUUACGAGAUGGGCAAUGCCGACAAGUACGGAUACGAUGCACUCCGCAUCUAUCGUCAGGUUCUACUUGAUGAGCUCAAGGCCAUGGUCAGGGAGGCCGAAAUCGAGGUUCAUUACGACAAACGCUUCUCUCACGUGGUCUCCGAGGACGAGAAAAGCAUCACUUUUGCUUUCAAGGACGGCGAGACCAAGUCGACUCAAAUGCUCGUUGGAGCAGAUGGUAUCCAUAGUGCUGUCCGCGAACAUAUCCAGCCGAACGUCAAAGCUAGGUUUGACGGCGUCAUGGCUUUGACCUGUGCUAUCGCCACGAAGGACAUCAAAUUCCCGUUCGAGCCAUAUUCGACUCCAGUCUCGAUCCACGGCCCAGCAGGCGCCUUUGUGCUUGCCGCACAGAACCCAGAGGGCGCACAAAUGCUCGGUGGGAUCCAGUACCGCACUCAUGACAGAACUCGCGCUGAGUGGGACGCACUUUGGCACGAUAAACCACAGCUGCUGUCUAUAAUGAGGCAGGGAAACGCCAACUGGAAUGCAAUGGUUCAGUCUGCGCUUGACGCCAUUCCAUUGGACACCAUCUCGAUCUGGGCUUUUCAUAGUGUGCCGCAUUUAGAGUCCUGGAAGUCAAAGGCAGGAAAAGUUGUGAUACUGGGAGAUGCUGCUCACGCGACUCCCCCUGCUGCUGGCCAAGGCAUUAACCAAGGGUUCGAGGAUGUGCACUCACUGUCACUGCUCAUCGCCGCCAGAAAGAGUCACGAUCAGUGGGUAACGUACCUGGACCGGUGGCAAUCGUUCAGGAGUGAGCGAGUGGAACGUGUCUCGGACCUUACCAAUCAGAUGACCAAGCGAAGAGUACCCGGCUGGACUGGUGAGGGUGCCGGGAGUAUUGACAGCGCCUGGUUGUUCGAGAUCGAUAUUGAGAGAGAAAUGAGCAAGAUUACGGUUGAAGCGAAAUAA